CUCUUUGAAGAAGAGAGAAGGGUAGAGGCGGAGGAAGAGAUGGAGAGGGAGGGGGAGGUGUUCGGUUUCCAGGGUUUCAGUUGGGGCGUGGCGUCGUCCUUCAAACUAGAUUUCCGAUUUAUGCUUUUUUUUCUGUUGAUUUGGAUUUGUGUUUCAAGGGUGCAUCUUAUUGGGGUUUUACAUCGUCGAGUGUUUAUAAUUGGAUAAGAAACCUCUCCUUUUGGGAUUAGAGACGCCGGCGUGUUGGAUUCUGAUGCCCUUCUUUUUUAGGGGUUCUUCUGUGUUAUUUGCAUCUAGGUUAGAUUCUGGUGGUAGGGUAACGGAAGGUAGGUUCGAAAAAACUUGGAUUUCACCUUCUAGAACAUUUGGUAAGGAAAACAGUGUUUUCAUUUUGGUAAGUUUGGGUCCGGAAGAAUUGGGGUUUUGGUGUGAAAUUGAUAUUUUCUUGCAUCAUUUGUGGGGUUUCUAUGCUAAUUGCGCUAAUUCCUAGCACAAUCCUUCGCAGUGUGAACACAUCAUUAUCAGCACUAAUAUACUCGUAAACACUGCUUAUGCAUGACUGAGUUCAAAAAGUAUAAAAAGGACAGGAAAUUUAUUCUUAGCAAUUAUAUUUCUCUGGGCUUAUCCUUAUGCAAGUUUUUGCAUGAUGCGAACAGUCUCAAAUCGGAUUGACUGCACGGCACCUACGAUACUUAUGGAGUACACCAAAGAGAAGCAGAGAAAGAGAUGCUGACAGGAUCUUUCAUUUGCUUUGAAGGAAAAAUCACAUAAAUUGCUUUAAUGACGACAAGUAGUUAGCCUCUUACAUUAUCCUAAGGCAUGGUAGACAUAGGAAGUAAUCUACUGAUGGAUAAUUUGAUUAUGGGUUAGGCCUUGGACUUGGAUAAUCACUGAACCAAUAGCAGUUAUUGUUGUUUGAUUACUUUCUUAUUCAUGUUGGAGAAUGUGAGAUAUUUAUAAGUAACCUUUAAUAUCUACAAUUAGGUCAUCGAGACUCCCCCUAAAGCCGACUUAAAAUUAUUAUUAAACCCUAUCUUGCUACGAGUUAUUCAGUUUGAGGAUCUCUCGUAAUAUAGUUAGUAAAUCUGCUAACAGUUGGAACUAAAAAAAUGAGAUGUCGAUCUCCUUGGAUUGUACCUUAUUUCAAAAGCACUUUACACAUUUUUGAGUAUUUUUUAUUCUGGGUACAAUUUUUUUUUCAUUCAUAUAGUUGAAGUCUUACAAACCUUAUUAUUUGUGUAAUAUAUAUGCAUUUUGAGUUUUAUUUUGCACAAUGGUAUUCAUGGAAGUAGUUAUUAUGUGUACCUCUUGGAAUUUGUAUCUUGUUGCAUAGUUGAUUCGAACUUAAUAGCAGCCAAAGAGGUCGGCAUGUGGUCAUUAUAAUAGGAGCCAUGCCAAGCUAAUCAUCAUAGAUAUCCACUUGUGUCAUCAUAGGUUGGCAUAGUUUUUCUUUCAAAUUUUGGUAUUUUCCAGUCUUUUGUCAGUUUGUGCCAUAUGCUCACUUUGUUGGCAUGCAUGUAUAUUAUAUUUUCUAUGUAUUGCUUCAGAAAAUUGAUGCUAUUUGUGCACUUUAAAGUUGAAUUUGCGCAAGAAAAAAACUAACUCUUGUGAAUAAAAAUCUUUUUUAUCUGUAUGCUUUCAUCUUUAUAGACAUCCAUGCAAAUCUAAAGAAGGAUAAACUGUAGGCAGGAUCAGCUGAGCUCUUAACAGAUCUUUCGUAAUCAGGAAUAUACUUUGCUUUUUUAAAAUAAUGGAAGGACAAUAGGGGAAUUUCUUUUAACAUGGUUUUUACCAUUGCAAAAUGUUUUAUAUUGAACAUUGUUUUUAUGUCAGCUUUUGCAACUAUCAGUGACCCAAAGAAAGAGAGGACAUACCAAUUGAGGAAGCAUGGAUGUUGAUUCACAGCCGACGAUGGAGGAAACUAUCAUUGUUGGUGAUGACCUUAUGAUGGGCCCCCCAUCACCUAUCAUUCCUCCAGAGAUUGCAUCUCAUGUCCUGGAAGGUGUAGACUUAUGUGAUCAAGUAUUGCGGAACUUUUUCUUGUGCUUGCAAAUCAAUGAUGUCGAGCCAUUUUGUCAAGAUGAGAUCAUCUUGUAUCAAGAGUGUGCUGCAAAGAGAGAUAAGGAGUUAAGACGUAAACUUUUUGAUAGUGAACGUAAGCUGGGUUUGUCUAUGCCCUUGGGAGAUGCAAAGGAACGAGCUGCUAAUCUUGAAGCAGAAAUUAAAACUCUAGAAAGGCGUAUGAUUCUUGCAAGUGGAGUUGAAGGAAUGGAAGGAUUCCGCCAACGUUGGAGUUUGCAUGGGCGUAUUGAGGAUACCAAAAGAAUGGAAUCUUUGAAAGAGGGGAUCACAAAGAGUAAAUCGGAAAAUAUUCCAGAACCUAAAGUAGACCCAGCUAAGAAGAAAUGGUUCUUUUGAAAAAUAUUUCGUGUUUGUUCUCCAGUAACCUCUUGUAAGUUGACCAUUGAGUACAUUUUUAUCUCCCUUUUACCUUCUCAAACCGGAAUACAUUACCUAAUAAUUGCCGGCAAGGGAUGAUAUUAAUUAUGCCAAUACUUCACUGUGUCUAGCCAUAAUCUGCAACAUCUUUAACAAAAGAUAAGUUGCAUGGACAAGGACACAAUUGUAAUCGUUAGUUUGGUUUUUAGAGUCCAACUUAUUGUUCUUUA